AUGGCGGAGACUCUCAGUAGCAACGCGAUCAACUAUCUCGUAUGGCGAUAUCUUCAAGAAGCCGGGUUUGGUAAUGCCGCCCUCCACCUGUCGCGAUGCUGGCUUCGGGACCCGGACACGCUUCCAUUUGCUGCCAACAUCGAGCCCCACGCCCUCGUCCGCCUCGUCCAGGAUGGCUUGUGCUUCGACCAGCUGCGCGCAGAGGCCUGCAACACGGAACCGCGAUACAGGUUCGGCUCCGACCAUGGCCGCCCCUACACGCGCAACGGCAGCCUGCUGACCCUCGACAAGGGCAUUCCCGCCCACGAACUCGCGACCGAGGCCAACGGCGCCGUCCAGGAGCCCCCGCCCAAGAAGACGCUCAAGCGCAAAAAGGCAAAGCCCACCAAUGGCGUCGAUACGCGCCCAGAGCCCCAGCCCAACGGCGAUGCCAUGGACAUUGAGCACAACGGCGCGCCCCAUCACGUCCCAAACAGCCUGAGGGCAGACUCCGAGCCCGUCGUUUCCGAGGCCGAGUCGCUUACUGUCGCAGAGAUACCGCUGUCUACGCUCAGCAUCGGCCAGGACGCCGAGAUUCAGACAGACGCCAUCGCCGUUGCAGAUCUGACUCCCGGCACCGUCUUUGUCCCCCGCGACGCCAACCCUGACAAACUUGUCCAGCACACACUAUGGGGCCCACUCGAGUCGCCUGUCUUACUUGCUGCCGGAAAGUCGCUCCUCCAGGUCCACGUUGUCAGCAAGCCUGCCAGUAACGAGCAGUCCCCGCCUAUUCACACCCUCGACAUGUCUCUGCCAGUCCAAAAUUUUGACGUGACUGCACUGUGCUGGCAUUCGGAGCACGAGCUGACCGUUUCUGCGCGCGAGCAGUGUGUCAAUGAGGUGGGCGAGAAGAUGAUGAUGGAUAAGCUCAUCAAGCUGACCGAAGGCGGCACCACCUCCAACGUCAUCUCCUCGACCGCUGGUCUCAUUAAUACGCUUCGCUGGAACCCCAAGUGCAAGCUUCUGUUGUCCAUUUCCACAGACGGAGAAAAAGGAUCCAUCAAAGUGUGGAAGAAUGACAGCGAUUCCAUCCCAGCGUGGACCGAGUUCACCGACACAGCUAUUCUGGAUGCUCAGUGGAUUAGCGAUUCAGCCUUUGUCGUUUGCGGUAUCAAGCUGUUCAAGAUCUACGAGGUCACCGACGCUCUGACGACCCAGCGAACAUUGGACACUCACAUACAGUGGGAAUCCGUUAAGCACGACCCAGCGUCUGGUAUCAUAGCCGUACUCGGAAUCGAGGACCAGAAGAAUUACCUGGGUAUCCUUCACCCCAAUGACUCGAUCCAGCUGCAGACCCACGAAUACCCAGACGAAUACGCCACCGACCUUGCAUUCCGCCCGAGUCCCUCCACCAAGCAACCGACCAAUGGUUCCGCUGUACCCUCGGUGUUGCUUGCAACAAGCUCCAUGUCUGGCGCAGCACGGAUAUGGGAUGCAAACGAGCCAUUUAAAUGCAUCAAAUCGCUUCCUACCACAGAUGGUACCCAGGCCUUCAAGAUUGCCUUCUCACCAGAUGGGGUGUUGUUGGCUGCAGCAGGCCCCGAUGCCGUCACUGUAUGGGAUGCAGAAAAAAGGGACGUCCCAGUAGCAACAUGGCGGGCUAGUGAAUGGCCAAGCGACAAAUGGAACCCUGGAAUAGAUGGUGAGUUUAGUCUCGGCUGGGACCCAGACAGCUCCCGGCUGUCAAUCGCUCUUGGAAACCAGAUUGCAAUCAUCACAGUACCUAGAUAG